AUGACGGCUCGAUGUUUCGACCACCGCGCCACCAAUUUCGUGGCGACGCGGUGGAUUCUUGCUGACCCCACCUUCUCCCUCCAUCUCUUGCUUCUCCCCUCCCACAGCCAGGGUCUUGUUGGUGCUGCUGUUAUGUCUACUGUAGAUGAUUCUGCAGUUAAAGAUACGCCCACACCCGAAGAGUAUCCCCGUGUGGCCGCCUUCACUCUACCCCCGGCUGUUGCUUCUUGCAGCAAAGAUCCCCAACCGGCCGCGCCAAGUCCCACACCAAGCACCGUGCGGGUGUCUGUUGGUCCUCCGUCGGCUACCUCCACCCCGAAGAGAGCGCGUUCAGGGAAGUGGGCGCAGCAUACCCUGCUCAUCGGAGGCCGCCGUCUUUCAGGUUCGAACGCUCCGGCUGAUCCACCACCUGAUGAAGCUGCUACUCCAGAGGAAGAUGUGUUCCCGAUCCGCGCGGACACCGGCUCGCCCGCCCUCACCAAGGCGCAGCUGUGGGAGCAGAUGUACCUGGAGGCCAGCAUCAUCGUCUGCAUGGCCUACGGGAAGGAGAACACGAGGUACGCGAGGCAGGGUGAUGACGGUGGCCGUGACAUGCAGACGCGGGCGUUUCGAGCACACGAGCACACGGACGCGCACAAAGCGGCUGUUGAUCGGCAGCUGAAGAUUGCGAGGGGCAUCCGCGAGGGGCAGCAAGUGAUUUCGAACUUCAUCAACUCGGACGUCGAGGGCAGGCGCGCUGUCCGACUGUUGCGGUCGGUUGUGUUUCUGUGCAAGUGCGACGCGCCGAUAAGCAUGUACCCGAAGCUGAUGCGGCAUCUCGCGGAGCAGGACACGCCCGACAUCCCGAGACAGUCUUACGGUGUCUAUCUCACACGGGAGGCGCUGGCUGUUAAGGACGCGGCGACGUCCAACCCCGACCUGGGCAUGGUGGACAAGGUGGUGCGCACCGUGGCGGCAAAACUUGGAGAUUCGUCAGUCUGGAGCCAACGCUUCAAGUACCUGCAGCGUGUGAUCUACAACACUAACCUCGAAGUCCACGGGAUCCACACGGUUCGCUGGCUGUCACGCGGAGAUGCGGUGCGUCGGCUGUGCAAGGUGCUCGGUGCGUGUAUCGUUCUUCUCUGGGAGAGGGGUCACAAGGUGUACGAGAUUGUCACGUGCUACAAGUUCCAGUUCUGCCUGUUCUUCCUCGCCGACAUCCUCGCCGACAUGAACGACCUCAACCGCUGUUUCCAGAAGCGUGAUAUUGAUGUGACGGAGAUUGCCAAGACCAUCGAGGCUACCACGGCGGAUCUGACGGAGCGGUAUUUGCAUACCGACAAGCAGUUCGGUGGCGAGGGCAAGUGCUGGCUGGUCGGCUUUCUGAAGCUGUACGGGAAAAGUGGAGGCAAGAAGGUCCGUGUGAGAGGCGUGGACGGGGAGGGACGCCCAAUCAACCAUCUGUACACCAUGCACGAGAGGAAGCUCCCGGGGCACAAGGUCGGGAGUGGAUACGAGGAGUGCGUGAAGCUGUGCCGCAGUUUCGCCCGCGAUUGCGUGGACAAUCUCAAUGAGCGGCUUGAUGACCUGGGGAAGUUGGGGCCGACGAAGCUGUUUCGGGCCGCAAAGUGGCCGAAGAUCAAGGCUCAACGGGAGAAGAAGUGCCGUGAGUGGCUUCUGGGAUGCAGCAAACUCUUCCGCCACAAGCUGCCGGGAUUCGACCUCAAGGCCGCAGAAAGGGAGCUUCCCACAUUCUGUGCGAUCAAGGAGGCGCACCACGAGCUGGAAAGCUUCACGCAGGGACUGACCAACAUUCUCGGGAGCGCAGACCCGAAGAGGAAGGGGAAAGCAAAGAAGGGUGAAGUCGGAGCAGGAGCUGCCCACCAAAACGACGGGGAGGAGGAGGAGGAGGAGGAUGUGGAACAGGACCUGGGCGACGAUCAGGAGCUUGUGGGGGAGGAGGAGGAGGAGGAGGACAACCCCUUUCUUUCGGACGAUGAGGAUGUGGAGGAAGUGUUCCACAUCGAUAGACCUGUGCACUAG